UCGUCCGCUCUGCGUGCAUUUGUGUCGGUGUGCGCCUCUGACAGUGGCUGCUCUCGUUUGGCGCAAGUAACAAGGUGAAAAUGACUACAAAGUUGCAAAGCUGCGAUUACAAUUGAUCACCGACGGGCGCUGACAGCUACACAGAGACAACAACAACCCACAAAGAGGGCGUUUCUACAAGAAUCAAAGGUCGUCGGACAGUGGACCUAGUUUAUAUCGUAUAUUCCAGAUCCAGGUACAGUGCUGUUCGUCGUUUCCCGUGAACGCGCCGGUAGCUGAUGUCAUUGGAACAGGUGCGCGAAACCCAAGUUAACAACAGUCGCCCUACAUCGCGAGGGAUUACACACGGAUGUGAGUGUUUUUCUACGGCGUUUCAUUCAUCAGCCGGUAUUACCAAGCGAUUUGAGGCUGUAUUAUUUUUAUGUGCCUGGAUAAAGUAAGCUGUCCAGCCUCGGGUGGUAGUUUAUUGCCAUUUCCGCGUCUUCUUCUCCUAGAACGAGCUUGUUUGGAUCAUUUGAAGACAAUAUUUGGCGACACUUCUUGGUGAGCGGUGAGGUCCACCAUAGGUUUUGUCAAGAAAACGAAGAGCCCUUUUACAUUCGUGUGAGCUCGUUCUUCAAUUCAGACGAAUGUACGUGAAAUUUGAAUGCACCAUAGAGAGAAUAUAAUUUAAGGACCGAGCAAUGCCCACUCCAAAGUUUUAAAACGUUUCUCUUUUUUUCCCACCAAGACAUGGGAACGAAGUCGCUUUGCUUUAUUGCACUCUAAACGCGUUUGCAUAAGGAAAUAACCAGUUUUAUUUGUAAAGACUCGUUUACUGAAGGGAUUAAUCAUGUCCAAGACGCUGAAAAAGAAGAAACAUUGGUCCAGUAAAGUGCAGGAAUGCGCUGUUUCGUGGGGUAGCGCCGGGGAGCUCAGCGCCGUGCUGGAGAUAAGCGGGGGAGCCGAGCACGGAGAGUUCCCGCACCUGGGACAGGUGUUGCCGGACGCGCUAGUGUGCCAUGUCGGCAGGCUACCUGCUCCCGGAGACGUGCUUCUGGAGGUGAACGGCACUCCUGUCAGCGGACUGACAAACAGAGACACCCUCGCCGUCAUCCGCCACUUUCGCGAACCCCUCCGUCUGAAGACCGUGAAGCCAGGUAAUGUGUUAAACACAGAUCUGCGUCAUUACCUCAGCCUGCAGUUCCAGAAAGGCUCUUUGGACCACAAGCUCCAGCAGGUGAUCAGAGAUAACCUGUACCUGCGCACCAUUCCCUGUACCACGAGGCAGCCUCGCGAAGGGGAGGUUCCAGGAGUGGACUAUAAUUUCAUCAGCGUGGGGGAGUUUCGUGUGCUGGAAGAGAGCGGCCUGCUACUGGAGAGUGGAACAUAUGAUGGUAAUUACUAUGGCACUCCAAAGCCUCCUGCAGAGCCCAGCCCAGUGCAGCCUGACCUGGUGGACCAGGUUCUGUUUGACGAGGAGUUUGAUGCAGAGGUCCAGCGCAAACGCACCACGUCUGUCAGCAAAAUGGAUCGAAAGGACAGUGCAGCUCCUGAGGAAGAGGAGGAAGAUGAGAGGCCACCCAUGGUCAAUGGGCUCACAGAGCACAAGGAGGGACCGGAGUGGAGGAAAGCUGUGCCCAGCUACACACAGUCCAGCAGCAGCAUGGACUUCCGCAACUGGAACACGCAGCCACGUGAUGAGAGCCAGGAGCCUCUGCCCAAGAACUGGGAGAUGGCCUAUACGGAGACGGGCAUGGUCUACUUUAUAGACCAUAAUACCAAGACCACAACCUGGCUCGACCCACGACUAGCAAAGAGAGCCAAGCCUCCUGAAAAAUGCGAUGAUGGAGAGCUUCCGUAUGGCUGGGAGAAGAUUGAGGACCCGCAGUAUGGGACUUAUUAUGUGGACCACAUCAACCAGAAGACUCAGUUUGAGAAUCCAGUGCAGGAAGCCAAGAAGAAACUCAGCCAGGACGCGUCUCCAACCAAUCAGCCAAUAGCAGCAGCCGCGGGAGCAGUACCAACGCCCUUAAAUGAAACUGGUUUAAGGGGAUUCACACGGGACCCAUCUCAGCUGCAGGGUGCUAUCUUGCGCACAACUCUGAAGAAGAGCCCUCAGGGCUUUGGUUUCACCAUCAUCGGUGGAGACCGACCAGAUGAAUUCCUUCAAGUGAAGAACGUCCUGAGAGAUGGACCCGCUGCACACGAUAACAAAAUCGCUUCGGGUGAUGUUAUAGUGGACAUAAAUGGCACAUGCGUGCUGGGUAAGACCCAUGCAGAUGUGGUCCAGAUGUUCCAGUCCAUUCCUGUGAAUCAGUAUGUGGAUAUGGUCCUGUGUCGUGGAUACCCGCUGCCAGAGGACACCAACUCCAGCGAAGAGGGCACGGGAGACAUAACUGCUUUGCCAGGAAUGGACGGGCAGCCCAUUCAUUUAGACGGGACCCCCUCCGUGCAGGACCUCCAUUACAUGACCACCGAUGGCAGACAUCCAGCUGCAGCAAUGCCCAACGGACGCUACCCAGAGGCGGGAGAGACCACCCUGCUGCAGCCCGAGCUGGUCAGCGUGCCUCUGGUAAAGGGGCCGAGCGGAUUCGGCUUCGCCAUCGCAGACUGUCCACUGGGCCAGAAGGUGAAGAUGAUUCUGGACGCGCAGUGGUGCCGAGGUCUGCUGAAGGGGGAUGUGAUAAAGGAAAUUAACAGGCAGAACGUACAAACCCUCACCCAUGCGCAGGUGGUGGACAUCCUCAAAGACCUGCCCAUGGGCAGCGAGGUCAACGUCCUGGUGCUCAGAGGAGGUCAGACAUCUCCCGUGAAGUCUCUGAAACCUAUCACUCCAGCUAUUCCCAGUGCCCAGAAACAGGACAUUGCCUCCAGUUCCGUCAGUACUGAAACUCCCAGUCCAGCUGAGCCUGGGCCCCAGACCCUCCCCUUCCCUCCUCAUGCCAUCCGCUCCAACUCCCCAAAACUGGACCCGUCUGAGCUCUACCUCAAGUCUAAAGCCCUGCUGGACAGCAAACCUGCCAACACUAAAGAACUGGACGUGUUUAUCAGGAGGAACCAGGAGACUGGAUUUGGGUUCAGAGUGCUGGGUGGAGAAGGACCAGAUCAGCCAGUGUACAUUGGUGCCAUUGUUCCUCUGGGUGCCGCAGAGAAGGACGGCCGUCUGCGGGCCGGAGAUGAGCUCAUCUGUAUUGAUGGCGUUCCCGUCAAAGGCAAAUCUCACAAACAAGUUCUGGAGCUCAUGACUAAUGCUGCACGCAAUGGGCAAGUGAUGUUGACUGUGCGCAGAAAGCAAACCUAUCCAGAAAGAGAGGAAGAUGAUGGUCAACCUCAGGCCCCACAUGUUCCAGUGCUGGUCAACGGCUCACCCAAACCGCCCCACAUCGAGGUGUCCGGCCACAGCCACCCUCAGCCCUAUGACGUCACUCUUCAGCGCAAGGACAACGAGGGCUUCGGAUUCGUCAUCCUCACCUCCAAAAACAAGCCUCCUCCUGGCGUUAUCCCACAUAAGAUUGGUCGCAUCAUAGACGGCAGUCCCACAGACCGCUGCGGUCGGCUGAAAGUGGGUGACCGCAUCUCUGCUGUGAACGGCCAGUCAAUUAUUGAGCUGUCCCACAAUGACAUUGUGCAGCUCAUCAAAGAAGCUGGGAAUGCUGUUACCCUGACGGUGGUGCCUGAGGAGGAACACAGCGGACCGCCGUCAGGCACUAGUUCAGCCAAGCAGAGCCCAGCCACCCAGCACAGAGCCGUGGGACAGCAGCCUGCCAGCCGAGAUGACAGGAAUGCCGUAGAAACAGAUGAGCGGAAGGACACUAUGGCCCAAGCGGAAUACAAAUCCCAGCCGCAGGGUGAGAUGGCGACUGUCAUCACCUCAGGACCAAAGCAGGGCUGUUAUCCUGUGGAGUUGGAGAGAGGACAGAGAGGUUUUGGCUUCAGUCUGCGAGGAGGGAAAGAGUAUAAUAUGGGCCUUUUUAUACUUAGACUAGCCGAGGACGGUCCUGCACUGAAAGAUGGCAGAAUACAUGUGGGAGAUCAGAUCGUGGAGAUCAACGGUGAACCCACGCAGGGCAUUACACACACACGGGCCAUUGAGCUCAUCCAGGCCGGGGGCAAUAAAGUGCUGCUGCUUUUGAGGCACGGACUGGGUCAGGUGCCUGAUCAUAAUGUUAAGGAUACGAUGACCGGUCCAUCUGCAAACUCUCCAAGGUAUUCUGCAUCCAAUGAGCCGUCGACACCAGCAUCUCCAUCCUUCAUCUCUCACUCCCCUGAGCUCAGACCCUCUCCACCCGAGGAGCUCUUCUUCGACCCGGUGGCCGCUUCGCACGGACAACUUCACCAACAUUACAGAGACGCCAAACAGCAAAUUAGAAAGAGUGACCCAAGCAUGCCUCGUGACAACAAUGACAAUUUUACUCUCCCUCGAAGACAGGACGGGAAAGAACGCUCACGGAGUCCAAAAAAGACUCUAAAUAUCGACAACAGGAAUGACCCUAGUGAACGAGAACCUCGAUCCGCAAGCCCCAGGAAGACCAAGAAGGAAAACAGUGGGAUCAGACAGGAAAAGGCCACUGACGGAUUGAAGCCUAACUCUGGAAGGAGAUACAAAGAUGAGGACACUAUGCACAAGCAGGACAGGGAAACGGGUGAAACCAGACCUGAGGUCCCAAGAGGUGGCAGUGACAGAUACCAGAGGGACAAGACAGCAGAACCUCAGAGGUCUGAAAGCGGUACCCUCAACCGGAAGGACCAUAGAGGACGAGACAGGCCAGAGGACUUUGAGGGCGUACCUCAAGAGACUCCCCAUAAUGGGAACCCUACCACCAAGAGAGGCCCUAUAACCCCAGGACCCUGGAAGGUGCCCAGCUCCACAAGGGUUCAGCCUCCGGUGCAUGGAGUCUAAAGCAUUUGGGAGCAGUUAUUGAUGUGUAUCACUGUGGAUUUUGUCUUUUUUUUUUUGGUAUGACUAUCACCAUCUACACUGAUAACGUGCAGCAUUUGCUUAAGUCCACCAACAAUACGGGCCUCAGUUUUGUUUUGUGCCAAUCAGACUGCAGCUACAGUCUCAUCCAUGUCUCUUUGCUCCUGUGACGAUAACAUGAAGGAUGCUUUUCUGUGAAGGUUUAAAAUGUCUGUUAAUAUUUAAAAAAGUGGUGGAUAGUUCACCCAAAAAUUACAAUUAUGUCAACAUUAACUGGUAUGACUCUGCAGAACACAGAAGAAGAUAUUCUGAAGAAUGUUGGUAGCCAUAUCAAUUUGGUGGCCAUUGACUUCCAUUGUGUAUGGACCAUAAAUCUUUUAUCUUCCACUGAAGACAGGUAGAAAUACAGGGCUGAAACGAUAUGAGAAUGAGUGAAUGAUGACAAAAUAGAUUUUUGGGUAAACUAUCCCUAAUGCUCCAUCUUUGAUUCGCCACAUGUCCUUACAAAGACUUUUCCAGUGAUGCAACUAAGAUCCAGUCCUGAGAAGUUACUCUGUGUAGGCUGUGCAUUAUUCAGCUUUUUGUGGUAAAUUUUUCACAUAUCCAUCUUUAAAAGACCAGAAACUUGUGGUUAAGUAUAUUGUUUACUACUUGUGUGUUGAUGAAGACGCAUAUGUAAUUUAUUGAAAUGAAUAUGAUGAUAUAAACAUAUACAUGUAUAGAGGUAUAGAUAUUUGUAUCCAUUCUGAGCCAGGUCACUUAUUAGUGUUCCAGCCUGCCGAUACGACUUCCGGCUUCCUAACGAACAUAUUUUUUCACAGUGCUAUAGCUUUUACAGUUAAUAUAGGUGGAGCAUUUGCAAGGUGUGUACAUUUGGGAUCAAAUGUUCACUCGUAUCAUUAGCAGGUGAAGCAGAACUAGGAGAAAUUCAGAUAUAUUUUUGCAUACUAUCCAAUCUAACAUAUAUUUUUUCUUAUUCUUUUUAGCACAUCAAAUGAUCCAUACUGCAUCGUUUUCCCAAUAUUGGGAAUUCAUGAUCAUUUAAAGUGUCUUUCUGCAUCUGUAUCUUUCAUAUUAAAUGAUGCUCCAAGGGAAAUGUAGCUCUGAAUUAUGUACCGAACAUGUUGGGCGUUAUUCAUCAGGUUCUUAAAGCCUCAAACAAUUGGCUCAGACUCAGAUGCAAGAUAUCACAAUGUCUAAUAUCUUUUUUCGUAACAGUAUUUUUGAAAUACCACAAAUAUUGAGUCCAUUCGGACAGAGUAGACAUCAGUCAAACAUUGCAUAUGCUACAGUGCUUCUAUGUUUUGUCAUGAUGAAAAAUGUGAAUACUUUCUAAUACGGUUUAUGAUUGCUUCGUGAUCAUUAAUCUCAACCCUUUUGUAGCUUGUUCCUCUAUUGCAUCUCAUGUCAUGAGGUUGUAUGUAUGAUACUGUGGCCUUGCAUUGCUUUAUCUUACACAAAAAAAGCCUUGUGGUCUCUACAUUGUGGUAGUUGUAAAUGUUUAUAAAAAUACAAUGUACAGCACCUGUAUAAAACUUGCCUUUGUGAGGAGAAAAACAAGAAAAAAAAUCUAUAAAUCACUCCAUUAUUUUUUUAAGUAAUUGAGAGUAUACACAUAUAUAUAUAAAGAGUGGUUAAAGAAUCUGGUCAUGGCCUUCUGUUCAUGCACUGAUGAAUAAAGAUUUACUGAAAAGA